AUGGAACAUGUAUCAAUUAAAGAAGAAAAUAAUAAAACGGAGGAUCAUGAAGCAAUUAAAAAGGAAAUACUAGAAGAAAAUGUUACAACAAAACACGAAGUGGUUGAUUUAAAUGAAGGGUUUUCAAUAGAUAAAUAUCAAGAAAUUAAACUUGAACAUCAAUUAAAUACAGAAUUUAUAAAGGAUGAAAUAUCUGAUGAAAAUGAUUUAAAACAUCAAACAAUUCAACAUGAAGAAAAGAACAUUUCAUGUGACGUUAGUGAUAAAAAAUUUGCUGAUCAAUGUAGUUUAAUUGUGCAUAAAAAAAUUCAUAGUGAAGAAAAACCAUUUUCUUGUGAAGUUUGUGAUAAAUCAUAUACUCAGCGAAUCAGUUUAGAAGCACAUAAACGGACUCAUACUGGAGAAAAUCUUUUUUCUUGUGAAGUUUGUGAUAAAUCAUUUACUCAGCGAAUCAAUUUAGAAGCACAUCAACGGACCCAUUCUGGAGAAAAGCCUUUUUCUUGUGAAGUUUGCGAUAAAUCAUUUACUCAUCAAAACGGUUUAAAGUAUCAUAAACGGACUCAUACUGGAAUAAAACCUUUUCCUUGUGACGUUUGUGAUAAAUCAUUUGCUGAGCGAAUCAAUUUAGAAGCACAUAAACGGACACAUACUGGAGAAAAACCAUUUUCUUGUGAAAUUUGUAAUAAAUUAUUUACUCAUCGAAACAAUUUAAAAAGACAUGAACGCACUCAUACUGGAGAAAAACCUUUUACUUGUGAAGUCUGCGAUAAAUCAUUCACUCAUCAAAAUGGUUUAAAAAAUCAUAAACUGGCUCAUACUGGAGAAAAACCUUUUUCUUGUGAAGUUUGUGAUAAAUCAUUUACUCAGCGAGUCAAUUUAGAAGCACAUAAACGGACUCAUACUGGAGAAAAACCAUUUUCUUGUCAAGUUUGUGAUAAAUCAUUUACUCAUCGAAAGAAUUUAGAAAGGCAUAAACGAACUCAUACUGGAGAAAAACCAUUUUUCUGUCAAAUUUGUGAUAAAUCAUUUACUCGACAAGAGGGUUUAAAUGAUCAUCAACGGACUCAUACUGGAGAAAAACCGUUUUCCUGUGAAGUUUGUGAUAAAUCAUUUACUCAGCGAAUCAAUUUAGAAGCUCACAAACGGACUCAUACCGGAGACAAACCUUUUCCUUGUGAUUUUUGUGAUAAAUCAUUUACUCAGCGAAUCAAUUUAGAAGCACAUAAACGGACUCAUACUGGAGAAAAACCUUUUUCAUGUGACCUUUGUGAUAAAUCAUUUGCACGUCAAGAGAGUUUAGAUGGUCAUAAACGGACUCAUACUGGGGAAAAACCUUUCUCUUGUGAAGUUUGUGAUAAAUCAUUUACUCUUCGAACCAAUUUAGAAAGGCAUACACGGACUCAUACUGGAGAAAAACCUUUUAUCUGUCAAAUUUGUGAUAAAUCAUUUACUCGUCAAUAUGGUUUAGAUAUUCAUAAACGGACUCAUACUGAAGAAAAACCUUUUAUUUUAUGA